GUAUCGGUCUUCUGGUAUUGAUUGAUAGCCUAUAUACAGCAAGAUAUAGUUUAACCGCUUUAUGCUACGAAUCUGCUACUGAGCCCAAGCGCGUGACAGAAUUCAGAGUAGCUCAGCUGGAGAUAUAAUGCUGUCUAUAGGGCGUUGCUCUUCUACUCACACGAGAAGCUCAUCGCUCAGAUCCCUUGCAUCUGUACAUCGUCUCUUCGUCCUCAGCAAGGCUAUAUCACAAGCCAAGAUGUUACUUCUGCUGUUAGCUGUGAUCACCAUCGUAUCAACAGCCCCCGUUUCCAAGUGGAUUGACCUGUCUUAUACGGUAGACGAAAACGUCAUGCGUUACCCAUUGCACCGGCCAUUUAACCACACCCCGGCGAUCUAUAUCAAGGACAAGGCCUUCUUUGCUAAAAGCUUUGACAUAUCUACAGCAGAGCACGUAGCAACGCACAUCGAUGCACCGAAUCACUUGACCAAUACCGAAGAAGAAGCCAGAAAUUUUAAGUCUAUUGAUCAAAUCCCACUUGACGGGCUGAUCGGAGACGCCAUCGUAGUGAAUAUCAGCGCUAAAGCGGCCAUUAACCCUGACGCCGAGCUGACGGUGGAAGACCUUCAAGAGUGGGAGAAACAGUACGGACAAAUUCCAGACGGUGCCAUUUUGCUGAUGAAUUCGGGAUGGGGGAAAUACUGGGGCAACAAGGAGAAAUUUACCGGGACAAAAACUGAAAAUAGCAGCCUUUUACAUUACCCAGGUAUGCAUAAAGAUGCUGCACAAUGGUUGGUGGACAACAGAAACAUCAAAGUGUUUGGAACAGACACUCUUUCUCUUGACUAUGGCCCAUCGUCGGAUUUCCCCACUCAUGUUGCUCUCCUUCCUCGUGGAAUCAUCGGAAUUGAGAUGGUGGCCAACGUAGAAAAGCUUCCCCCGAAAGGCGCGACUGUGUUUGUCCUUCCUAUGAAGAUCGGUGGCGGUACUGGAGCUCCCGUCCGUAUGAUCGCUACCAUCAAGGAGCCGAUGCCGAUAAAUCGCUUGCCCAGAUUGGCUGGUUAUCUUGCGCUCAUCGCAAUGGCAAACAUGCUGGCUCUGCUGUUUUGAACGCUCUGUUAAAUUUAUCUGACUCCCAUACCAUUAUAUAGCUAAUAUAGGUAAUGUCUACAUUUUGUAAAACAAGUGGAAAGUGCUAAAUUUCGCGCUACUUGAUAGCAUUGAAUUUAAUUCAAAACUCUCUAGUUUUUUACAUACAAAAGGUAAGAUAAGAGAUGCCAAGUACGCUGACGCGCGGCAAUGGUGAUAACCACAUUUCCGUAGGCUGGAUUAGGGGUAUAAGGCUCGACAUUAUAGCCGGAUUCUUUGUUGUGCGACCUCCAAGAGUCCAAAAUCCUUGUCUCGUUAGUGAAUAGCGCGUAGUCAGACACAAGCUUUGGGACCGGUUUGUCUGGUUUUGAUUGUUUGGUUGACGACUACGCGCUAUUCCCAAUCGAAGAAAGGAAUUUUGGAUUCUUAGAGUUCGCGCAACAAAGAAGUGUAGUCAAUAGAAGAUGCGUUGCAUCUUCUAAACAUUUCUUCUUGCACAUUUUAUUUGAAUGAAAUCAAUAAAAAAGGGGAAAAAUAAGCGUCAUUUCAUGAUAGGCUUGAGUACACAAAUCCAUUCUGCGCGAAAUCCUAUGCCAAUGAAUAAUCAGAAACAUUUUUUUGAACUACAAAACAACUGUAAACAAUUAGGCUCUGAGACAAAUAGAAUUCAAGAAGAUCUCGUGGUUGUGACAGUGUCGGUACUGCAACUACUUUUGUAUGCAAAAUAUAAACAUCUUGGCCAACGCCAAGAUAUCUAAUAGCUAGGUGGUUUUACUUAGUGCUUUCGCAAGUGUCGUCGUAGCUUUAAAAUGUAAGCAAAAUGCCACAAAACAAGAGGACUAGAAAAGUCCGAAUUACUACAACUGUAUAACAACAAAAUGUACUAUACCUUUUUUAAUCAUCUUAGGUUAUUAACGUGUGGUUCUCAUUUUGUGUGUGUUUUUCGUGUUGAUUAGCUACAUUAUGCUUGAAUUUGACAUGAAAGAGAAAUUGUCCGGAAAAAAAGAAGCAGAUACUUUUAGAAUGUCAUUUUUGGUUAGGGUAAGCACUUUGUCUAGACAGCAUGUUGACAAUAUUCGCCCUCUUGGCGACAAUGCACUGAGACCUGAAGUGAUAAUAAAUUAGAAAAAGGUUUUUGAAAAAAUUGUUUUGAAUUUUUUUUUUAAUAACAAGGCAAGUAGGCCUUAAAUGGUUUCUUUCUAGAGCACUGAUGGAUUUCUACUUCCUGGAAGAGAAGUGCGGCAGGAUAUCAUAACUAUUGAAUGAUCUCUGGGAAUGUGUUGACAAUUCGUAGAUCAACGUUUUAUUUUAAUGAAAUUGAAAGUAACCUGAUGUCUUUAAUUCAUCAAUCAGAAAGCCUUUGAAAAUGCCUUACAGCUUUGGUGUAGACCAUCAGCAUUUAUUGAUGUCUUGUUAUCGCAAUCAAGACAGCAUAAAGGAGGCGUCUUUCUCAAGUUUUAUCGCACAGCCUCGACCUAACUGCACGAUGAAGGACGCACUUUUUCCUUUCCUCUUCUUGGUCAUUUUACCCAAUGCUAUCAACACUGAGAAACGCUCAGUGUUCGAUGAACUAGAUGCGCUAAUUCGAAAGUCUUCCGACUACCCAAACUCUGACUCCAUUUUAGAGCGCGAUCCCCAGAAGACGGAAAAAGAGAGGCAGGAUUUACCACUGUUUGGGUACUGCCGCGACGGCAAGACCCCAGCAGAGGGUCCAAAAGAAAAGGGCUGCCCUAGAAAGUUGUGCUAUGACCGAUACGUGUCAUCGUGUGAGAAGCUGAUGAAAGAGAAUGAGAAUUACUACAAGCAGAUUUGCAGAGCUGACUACGAAAAGUACCUAGAGGAGUGCCCCUACACGUGCGGGUUUUGCCCGUUGAAGGCGCUCGCGCCACACAUCACAUGUGAAAUCGACGGGAAGAAACCAAAGUACGGAUGCUGCUUUGACGGUCUCCCGGCCCUUAAACCGGACAAGAGUGACUGCCAACCGUGCCGCGACAUAUACCCGCACUCUUGUUCACAGUUCUUUGCAAGUUAUGGGGGCAUCAAAUGCGAAUCUAACUCGUAUGGAAUUCGCACAUUUUUGCAGACCAAGUGCGCAAAGACAUGUGGGUACUGCCCGGAACUAGAAGAGUCGAAAAACGUUAAGUAAAAAAAAAAUGGAUACGAAUCUAAAUGGGCUUGCUUGGAUUGUCUUAGAUUCUUAAACAUUUACGUUUGUAAUGUUUUUAAUUUUUUUACUCUAACCUUUUUUUAAUUUCUAUUAUCUUAAUUAUAAUAUUUUGAACAAUGGUAAAAAGAAACUACUGUAACCCAUCGAUCUGUAAAGUAUUAACAAAAUAAAGUAGAAUAUUCAGCUAAA